AUGGCAUCCUUUGAUAUCAAUAUAACCGGCGACGAUGUGCUGAAGCACUUUUCAAAUGAAAACGGCAUCGGUGCCGAAUCUGCAAUCACUCUCGCAUCUGCAUACCCCAAGGAAAUCAUUCUUGUAGUUCGAACUGAAAGUAAAGUUAUUUCAGUAAUCGAAGCCAUCAGAAAGAUCAAUCCAGAUAUUGAAGUCUCAUUUGUUGAAAUCGAUCUUCUCAAUAACAAGAGCGUUCGACAAGCAGUAGAGAAGAUAAAGAACUUGACAGAUAAGAUUCAUGUUCUUAUUAAUAAUGCUGGUGUGAUAGCUGUGAAACACUUUGUUACUCUUUUGGCUAAGGAAAUCAUAGCUGCGGCUAGUGAAGGCGCAAGAAUAGUACAGGUUGGUAUUUUAGGAUAUCAGCUUGGAGAAACUAAUAUUGAGGACAUCAAUUUUAAGGAUGGAAAAAUAUACAAUCCUAGGAUUGCAUACGGACAAGCAAAAACUGCUAUGCUACUUUUCAAUCUCGCUCUUGACAAACGAUUGAAGCAGAAAGGAGUUACGGCAUUAAUAUGCCAUCCCGGUGUAACCCUGGAGAGCAUGUUAUUGGUUAAUUCAAAUGUAGACAACGAAUCGUUUGCAGAUGCAUUGGUACUGGUGAUGGAACGCAACGAUGCUAAUUGUAUAUCGGGAAACCCUCUUCUCCCGCAAAACAUGGUGAUUUUGAAACAGGCAGCAGGAGUAUGUGCACCCACUAACCUUUGGAAACUUACAGAGGCUGCACCAGCAUUCAUCGUUGGGAAUGAAACUUACACAGAGACGAAGGAUCAUGCUCUCAAUCAGGAGAUAGCCAAGGGCUUGUGGAAGCUCAGCGAGAAGCCUGUCGGUGAGACAUUUGUUUACUGA